AUGGUUACCGAUACGAUGGGAAAGGUCUGCAUCGUCGGCGUUGGCUACGUUGGCGAACAUCUCCUUGGAGCGUUCGCCGGUGUCCACCCCACCAUUGGCUUUGAUAUUUCUGACAGACGUAUCAAAGAGCUCAGCACCAAGUACGGGGAGUUGGAGCAUGUCACCCUUACCACGGACGAAGCCCUCUUGGACCAGGCCCAACAUUACCUCAUCUCCGUCCCUACCCUCAUCAAGGCUGACCACUCUGUCGACUUCUCACACCUGAAGUCGGCCUUGUCAACGGUCUUCCGUCAUGCGAAACCUGGCAACACCAUCGUCAUCGAGAGCAGUGUCUCCGUUGGUACCACUCGCCAACUCUUCUCAUCAGUCCAACACCUCUUCAACUGUGGCAUGUCACCAGAGCGUGUCGAUCCUGGACGGACAUUCCCAGCCGCCUGCGACAUCCCCAAAAUCAUCUCAGGCCUCUCACCCAAAGCAUUGACCGUUAUCACGAAGUUGUACUCCAGUGUCUUCAACCACGUCGUCCCUGUGUCCACACCAGAAGUUGCGGAGAUGACCAAGUUGUUCGAGAAUUGCUACCGAUUGAUCAACAUCGCAUACGUCAAUGAGAUCAGCGACUCCUGCAGAAAGCUUGGCAUCGACCCCAACGAGAUGAUUGACGCCGCUGCCACCAAACCCUACGGCUUCCAGGCCUUCCGCCCUGGCUUGGGUGUUGGUGGUCACUGCAUUCCAGUCAACCCAUCAUACCUCUUCCAGACAUGCCCUGACCUCCCUAUCCUGGAGGAGUCAACGAAGCUCAUGAGAGACCGUCCCUUGAAACUGGCAAGAGAACUCCAUGCUCAUUGCUCGUCGAGCACCCUCGCCUCCACCGACCUCCAACCACGCGUACUGGUUGUUGGUGUAGGCUUCAAGCCUGGACAGUCGGUGAUCUCGCACUCGCCAGGUAUUGACUUUGCAACUCAGCUCAACGAACUUGGCUGCGACAGACUUGCCUUUUAUGAUCCUUUGGUUUCGCAAGCACAGCUAUCCUGGAUGGAGAAGCUAGAAACCGUUGAUUUCACACCGGAAGAGCUGGCUGCGGACUUUGACGUUAUUGCCAUCUGCAGCCGACAGCGUGGUGUUGACUUCAAGGUCCUGGACCAGCUGCCAUCCGAGAUGGUUUGGUCAUACGACUGA